GUUCUCAGACAGGCCUACUGUGGCUAAAUACGUUGAUGGUUAUUUUGCACGGACAUUUCUGCUGUACGUCUGUGUUGUAUUAAAAAGAAUGGAGCACAGCUGCAGAAUAGAAGCAAAGCGUUUCCAAGAAGUGGCAGGUCCGGUGGCGCAACGCAAAGACAGACGCAGAUCCUGGGGAGGGACGUGUGCGGAGUUCUGCCCCUCCCCGCGUAAAGCACCCUGUUUUCAAAGUGUGUUUCCAACCGAGACGCCAUAUUGUCCAGGGUGUUUCAGGGCCCGAUCGCGGACUUUGCGGUAUCCGGACCGGAAGAUUUCUGCAUGAAUUCCGAAUGUGGUAAAGCUGUUGGACCUUCGCGGCUCGCUACGUCUCUUUAGCUCUGCCGCGAUACGGACCGUUUUAAACAACCUGUGGAUAAUCCGGGACCUUUGCCAACUUUAAGCGGUUUCACCUUGCCGGUCGCACACAGAGUCUAGCUUCACCUCUGAAGACCUCGGCCUCUGAGGACAGCCCCUGUACCAUCGCUGUCAGUUUGCAUUGUCUGGGACGAACCUCUGUGUCCCGGUGCCGUGAGCCAGCGGUCGGCCAUGUCGUCGCGUGUGUUGCUACGGCAGCAGCUGAUGAGGGACCAGGCGCGGGAGCAAGAGCGCCGUGAGGCCCAGCGGCAGGCCUCGGCAGGCCCCCGCGGCACUGCCGGCCCCUCCCCCGCCAUUGCCGUUUCCAUGGCUUCUCCCACAAGCCGCCCACCCCCUGCUCAGGUGCCAGUGGAGGUGCUCAAGGUCCAGACCCAUCUUGAAAACCCCACGAAGUACCACAUCCAGCAGGCCCAAAGACAGCAGGUGAAGCAGUACUUGUCAACCACCCUUGGAACCAAGACAGCCAAUCUGGCACUGGUGGCAUCUCUGGCUCCGCAGUCAAGCUCCGCCCCUGAGCCGUCACCUGGUGUCAGCAGUGCCCCCAACAGCCCGAUGGCCCUGCUCAACCUUGGCUCCAGCAAGGAGGAGAUUGAUGAUGUUAUUGAUGACAUCAUCAGCCUUGAAUCCAGCCUCAAUGAUGACAUCAUAACACUGAUAGACUCUGGACUGCAGCUUCCUAACACGCUGCCUGUGUCGGGGAACAUCCUGGAUGUGUACAGCAGCCCCGGAGGGGCCCACCCAGCCAUAACUGUUAGCAACUCCUGCCCUGCUGACCUGCAUAACAUCAAGAGGGAGCUCACAGACGUGGAGGCCAAAGCCUUUAUGAAGGAGAGACAGAAGAAAGACAACCACAAUCUCAUCGAGAGGCGGAGGAGGUUCAACAUCAAUGACCGCAUCAAGGAGCUGGGAGACCUCAUUCCGAAAUGCAGCGACCCCGAGAUGCGUUGGAACAAGGGUACCAUCCUGAAGGCCUCCGUUGACUACAUCCGCAAGCUGCAGAAGGAGCAGCAAAAGGUGAAGGAGGUGGAGGGGCGGCAGAAGAGGCUGGAGCAUGCCAACCGGAGUCUUCUGCUGCGUAUACAGGAGCUGGAGAUGCAGGCCCGGCUCCAUGGCCUCCCCACCCCCCUUGCCAUGGAACAGGCGGCCCCCCAGCAGCAGGUCGGCCCUGCGCCCCCUCAGAGCCUUCUCUGCCUGGAUGGGACAGGAGGGGAGUUGAAGUCCCUCGCACAGGCCGCCGCCCCCUCUGCUUUUCUCUCUCCCCCCAGCCCCAACCUGGGGGUGGGGGUAACUGUGGGCAGCCCCCUGGACCUGGGAACCCUAAGCUUUGCAGAGCUGGAUGAACCACAGGUCAACACGGGUCUGUAUACGGGCGUGGGCCUGGAGGACAUUCUGAUGGACGAGGGCUGCGUUCUGUCCCCCACCGGGGCUGCCGACCCCCUGUUUGCCACUGUCUCCCCUGGACCCUCGAAGACCAACAGCAGGAGGAGCAGCAUAGACAUGGAGGAGGACUUCUGACCGGCUCCCACAGGAGAGGAGCGUGACCAUACCUGCUGCCCCCUGCAGACAGUCAAACCAAACUGCAGUUACUCUCAGGACAGAGGGAGGUCCUGCGGGCUGGUUUUCCAGUGCCUUACCGAAUCAUCAUUUGCUUCUCACACCUGCCUGGAUCCAGAACUUUGGAAACCUUUAAUUUGUGGACUGGGAAAUUAAAAAUAUGCAGGGAAGCAGGCAAGUGCAACUGAAACAGCGGGUUUGGUGAAGUACAGAAAGUGUUUUAAUUGUUAGGGCUUGUAACGAGCCAGAAUGAGAGAGAAAGACCCCCCCCGAGUGAAACUGGGGGCAAAGACAGAAAAGCAAGGUGCUCAGAUUUUAUUUUAAAGUGCAGACUGGAAUCAAGGUUUGUAAUGAAGCCUGUGCGUGUUUGUGUGAGAGUGCGUGUUUGUGUGGCAUAAAGGGAUUUUAGUUACAUAACAGCAUGAUCGACACUUCUAGAAGUACAGACAUUGCAUUUAUGCACCCCAGCCAAAUUUGGCAUUAAAAUGUAUAUAAAUGUAUAAAAUGUAAACCUAUUCCUGGUGGACGGCCUUAUAUCGGGGGCUGCUGGUGCUCUUACUCCACUCCUCUCUGCCCCAUGGACGACCGGCACAGACUAGCCACUAAUCUCUGACUGCUUUGUCUUUGAGGCACUCCCCCACGAGCGGGCGCGGUGUCACCUCCCUGACCAGUAGGGGUCGCUAUAAGGGCAGCCUGGUGUGUCAUGAACUUGGGAGCUAGCUGGCUAGCUAACCUUUUGGGUUUUUAUUGGAGGGAGGUGCUUUAACUCACUGGUGUGAUCUGGGAAUCACAGCGCAGGCUACCUGGACGCGCAGCAUUCCCUGGUCUUGCGUGACGAAUUCCUGUAGGGGCAAAAAACUAAACAAAAAGACCACUAAUGAUGCCACAAGCUGUCUGGAAGCAGACACCCCCCCCCCCCAGAUCCACACACACCCUGCGUUCUUGCUCAAAAAUUCUCAUGUAUUUGCUCCGUGGAUCCGUUUCUGUGUUCUAUACUGGUUUUGCACUGGUGAUGUAUGUCUAACAAUAGACAAUAUGAAAUUUAAAAAAUUAUUAGAAUUUAUUAAAAUGUGUAUAUUAUAUAAAAGCAAACUGAAGCUCAGCUCUUGUCCUGGGCACUUUAAAAUUCAGAGUCUAUUUUAAAACUAAUACUUAUAUCGAAGACAAUGAUUAUAUCAUAAAUAUGAAUGACUGAUUAAUGAAUAAUUAAUGUUGUGGUUGUUAUACCGGCAAGGGACUGGCUGGUUUUUUCCGCAGCUGAUUUUUCCCAUUUUACUGUCCGCACGUGACUCCUAAACAACGACCAGCCUCAGGCGCCGUUUUGCUAUGCGAGAGCUUCAGUUUUCCCCCAGAUCCCUCCUGUGUCUUUUCUCUCUAGCGCUUUUCAAGGUAACUGUCAUUUUUUUAAAUAAAAAAAAAAACAAAAAAAGUUAAAUCCUGUCACACAAAUCCUGGUCUAGACAAGAAGAAAAAUAUUCCUUUCGACUAAAAUAACAUGGACUUGACUGCUCCUUGAGGGUGCUGGAAAUGAGAUUUGGCUUGUUUGUUGCAGUGAGUAAAAUGACCCUUUACCGAGAGAAAGUUGGGAUUCUUUCUGUUCCGUUCCAUCGCUUUCUUAAACACCGGACAAAUGCGUGGAGCUUCAUUUACAGAUUUAGCAGACACUUUUGUCCAAAGUAAGGCACAGGUGAGGAGCUCAGGGUCAAAGGGUGUAGUCAGCAUUCCUGGAGGAGCUGGGGUAAAGGCCAUGGGAUUCGAACCCACAGCUUCCUGGACACAGAUCUCUAACUUAGCUACACAUGUGGUUUUCAUUCUGUGUGAGACAUAACCAUGGAAAGAACAACAAAACAUGCAAGCCCUGCCUUAGUGAACUGAAAUAAAAUGAAAUAACUACACAUGA